AUGGAUCCUGUAAUUAAUAAUAAUAACUCAAGAGUGGUACAAGAAAUUGAUGGGGAGAUAGAAGAAAGCUGGAAUGAUUUAUCAUCACCAGAUCUAACAACAGAAACUAUUACACAAGAUCAACAACUACAACCACAUAGUACAAUACGAUCACGUCUAAGUAAUAAUACUAAUGAAGAAGGAGGAAUAAAUAACACAAGUAUAGAAUCAAUUGAAUCAAUAAACACUCCAUCAAUACAACAACAACAACAACAGCAGCAGUUACAUCAAUUACAUCCUCAAGAACAACCAAAAUGGCAAAAAUGUACUAUAAAAAUAUUAAUAUUAAUAGGUUAUACAAUAACAACUAUAUUAUUUUCAAUUAUAACAUAUUUACAUUAUUUUUUCAUAAGAUAUAGUUAUGAUGAAGAAACUGCUAUAAAUAUAUUAGAUGGAGUAUUUAGAGCUCAAGAAAAAUCUAUUAAUGAUUAUCAUAAAAGACAUCAACAUGACAACCAAAAUAAUAGUCAUAGAAAUCUGUUGAAUAAUAAUAUUGAAAAUAUAAUUAAUGAUAAUGAUCAACCUUUAGAAUUAAAUGAUGGAAUUAAUCCACCAAGUUAUCAAUAA